AUGCAUCUGCUUUGUCUGUCUGCCUUUGCGGGCGCCCUUGCCAUUGCCUCGAAUGUUACAUUCUUCGGCGCACCACGCUUCUCACUCCACGACACCCUUCCCAAUCGGGAUUCUCACGGCAAUGUCCUCAUCGCGCAGGAUUUCAGAAACACUGUGGAUAAGCCGAGUUGCGGAGGUGGCAGUAGCGCCAAUGCCCGCUCCAUUGCCUAUUACCAAGAAUGGAACAUCCGAACGCGGCCCUGCGACAAAGUUCGACCAUCACAGAUCAAAAUCGACGGUUUGACCCAACUCAACUUGGCUUUCGCUUAUAUCGACCCCAAAUCAUUUCAGAUACGCCUGCAGAACCCACAAGACGAUAUCGUCUAUCGUGAGUUUGUGGAACUCAAGAACCGUGGCAUACAGGUCUGGCUUGGUGUCGGCGGCUGGGAAUUCAGUGAUGAGGGUCCAACGCGCACCACUUGGUCCGACUUAGCCAGUAGUCCUGCGAACCGCAAGACCUUCAUCACGUCGACGCUUCGAUUUCUCAAAGAAUAUGGCUUCCAAGGGCUCGACGUUGAUUGGGAAUGGCCUGCAUCUUCCAGUCGCGGUGGGUACCCUGAGGACACACAGAACCAGGUCAAUCUCAUGAAAGAGCUGCGUGAUGCACUCGGGAAGGACUAUGGUCUCACUUGUGUUCUGCCCCAUGAUAACACCUUUUUGCAAGGUAUCGAUGUCAAGGGUCUGUCGCAACACGUCGAUUGGUUUAACAUUCUCACGUACGAUCUCCAUGGCUCAUGGGACGAGAACAACCCAGCAAUUGGAGCCAGAAUCCGCCCGCACACUGACUUGAAAGAGAUCGAUACUCAUUUAGAAGCUAUGUGGGCUACCGGUGUUCACCCAAGCAAGUUUACCCUUGGUCUUGCCUAUUAUGGCCCGUAUUAUCAAGGAUCGGAACCUGACUCCGAGCUUUAUCGAAGGAGGUACCAGUGCAAUGCAAUUGUCCUGGGGUAA